CGCCCGUGUUUAGCUUCCUUUUUAGUUCAACUCCAGAGAUGCUAUAGGCACGUUCUAACGCAACUCUCCCGCAGCGGAUAAACAUGUUUUAUCGCACGCACGUCUACAAGGAAUCGACGGGAAAGCAUGGGUCCCCUGGAAUCCUUUCCAUCCGUCAACCGUUGGAUUUUCUUUUUACUUUCUUUUUAUUUAUUACUUAUCAUUACUAGAUACAACAGGGAAUGAUAGAUAUAUUUGUUUAUUUUCUAUUAUUAUCCAAUCUGCCACCUGGCAUAAAGGGAAGGGACAUCGUGAUCAAAUGAAGAAAAAGAAAAACAUACGUUUCGACUCCAAUGCGGGAGGGUGUGACAAUGGCGUUCUUAGGCGCUGGAACUUCAUCUCAGGUCAUUUCCUCUCUGCUCCACGAAAUGAAAAUCAGAAUAGGCUGGUUCAUUAGACGGUGUACGGGACAACUUCUUAAUCCCAAAGCCACUUGGUUCAUGGUGGCCAAACAAACAUCCAUAGCUAAGUUAAAUCCCGAGGGUCCGAGGAUCGUUGCAUUUCCAAGACCACUAGCAUCGGGAUGACGAAAGACGGUGGUGAUGAGUUCCCCAAUCACGUCGGGGAGUGGUUGUUGGAUGUGUUGCCUGGUGGUCGACAAUCCUUUCGGAUUAUCGGCAUGGAGGAGUGGGCAACUACUUACUAGUCAUAGUAUAUUUCUGAUUAAUCCGAAUCCGUUGGAUGUUUGCUCCAGGAUAGGUAGUGAUGUGCUAACAACGAUACUACCUCACGAAUUCGAGACAAGGAAAUACUGGACAAAUGUACGGGACAUCGAGUCAUGGCCUGCGAUGACACAUUGCCCGUCAGGGUAUCUUAUUCGUACGGAUGUACAUACAUGCCUCCCAUGCAUGUCCAUCAUUCUGGUAGGUAGUAGUAGUGGUGUGUCUAGGAAGUAAAGGUAUUGUUGUUGAAUUAUUCUUCAACCGUUUCUGCAUCUAAUUAAUAACGGG